UAUGACGUGUCAUCAGAGGGAGAAGGACCCCUGCUCGCCCAGAGCAGACACGGGCUCAUGUGAAACUUCAGCAAUUGUGCAUUUAAAAGCAUUUUUUUUCAUACUGAAAUAAAACUGUGAAUCUGGAAACAUGUGGAAUUAACGCCCCGUCGACGCUGCCUCGUCGCAGAAGACGGAAGUUGUCCUCCUGAGCUGCUAACAACUAGCUGGCUAACUUAGCCGGCUAACGGCUAAAGCUGCUACAGCCGCGCAGAUUGGGUUUGUUAGAAAACACAUACAGCUGCAACAGUGACACUAAACAACCAGGUCCGUGUACUUCCGUGUUGUUUCCCGUCAAACUGAAUCUCGGAGAGUGGCAUGGGCCCAUUUUACUACAACUUAACUGACAGCUGCUAACAGCAACACAACAGCUAGCCAUAAUGAAGAGAAGAACGGAAGCACCGUUGCCACCAUUGCAUGGCACAAAACGACGCUAUGAUUACAGCAGCUCAGAUGAGGAGUCUCGGUUGUCCAGACAAGACUCCAGCCAAAAUGACUCCCUCAGUGACCAGGAGGAUCACAGACCUGGGUUCUCUAUGCCUUCCAUAUCAUCCUUUGAUGCCCAAGACACAGACACCAACUCCACACAGGCCCCCUCCAAGUUCUCUAUGUACAACAGUGUAUCACAGAAGCUCAUGGCUAAAAUGGGUUUCCGUGAAGGAGAGGGUUUGGGAAAGUUUGGCCAGGGACGCAAGGAGAUUGUGGAAGCUUCUACACAGCGAGGCAGAAGAGGUCUUGGACUCAUACUACAGGGCUUCCAGGGAGAGCUCAAUGUGGACUGGCAAGAUGAACCGGAGCCAAGUGCUGUAGAGAAGGUAGAUUGGUUCCCAGAGUGCACCACAGAGAUCCCAGAUGCAGAUGAGCUGAGGGACUGGAUGGUUACAGGACCGAGAAAACUUCAGAUUGAAGAUGAGACAGAAUUCUGCACAGAAGAUCUCCUGCACACUCUUUUAAGGUGCAAGACAGUUUUUGAUGACCUGGAGGGUGAAGAGAUGAGAAGAGCACGGACACGCUCAAACCCUUAUGAGACAAUCAGAGGAGUCUUUUUUCUGAACAGAGCAGCUAUGAAAAUGGCCAACCUCGACCACUGCUUCGACUAUAUGUUUACUAACCCAAAGGAUUCACAAGGGAGACCUCUGACGAAGGACCGUGAGGGCGAGCUUCUGUACUUUGGUGACGUCUGUGCAGGACCUGGAGGCUUUUCAGAGUACAUACUGUGGAAACGGCGCUGGCACGCCAAGGGCUUUGGCAUGACGCUGAAAGGACCCUGUGACUUCAAACUAGAGGAUUUCUUUGCAGCGCCGAGCGAGCUGUUCGAGCCUUACUACGGUGAGGGAGGAGUCGAUGGAGAUGGUGACAUCACCCGGCCAGAAAACGUGACUGCCUUUCGAAACUUUGUCCUGGAGAGCACUGAGAGAAGAGGGCUGCACUUCCUCAUGGCAGAUGGAGGUUUCUCUGUGGAAGGCCAGGAGAACAUUCAGGAGAUCCUGAGUAAGCAGCUUCUGCUCUGUCAGUUCCUCACAGCCCUCUCUACACUCAGGACAGGUGGCCACUUUGUCUGUAAGACCUUUGACCUCUUCACUCCCUUCAGUGUGGGUCUGGUCUAUCUGGUCUACCUCUGCUUCGAAAGGAUCUCCCUCUUCAAACCCCUCACCAGCAGGCCUGCCAACUCUGAGAGGUAUAUUGUGUGCCGCGGUCUGAAGCCUGGUUCAGAUGCCGUCAGGGAAUACAUGUUCAGAGUCAACUUGAAACUAAACCAGCUGAGAAACACAGACAGAGAUGUUACAGAGGUGGUUCCCCCCAACAUCAUCAAAGAAGAUACAGACUUCUACCAGUUUAUGGUCAACUCCAACGAGAGCCUCUGUGCGGUUCAGAUCAAAGCCUUGGCCAAGAUCCAUGAUUAUGUUGUUGACCCGACCCUUUCAGAGCCAAGGCAAGCUGACAUCAGGAAGGAGUGCCUGAAGCUGUGGGGGGUCCCAGACAAAGCCAGAGUCACUCCUGCUUCCUCAGAUCCAAAGACAAAGUUCUAUGAACUGAUUAUGAAUUCAGAAGUGGAGUCCUUCCAAUCCAAGAUCACUCCUCUAAACUCAAGCACACUGGAUAAGCUGCGUCAUAUCAUGGACUACAGGUGCAUUGUGGGAGGAGGAGAGCAGAUCUUCCUUCUAGCUCUAGGGAAGUCUCAGAUAUAUACAUGGGAUGCAAAGAUGCCUGUGCGCUGGAAGAAACUGGAGGGUUUCCGGCUGGAGUUGCCAAGAGAUACGCUUUUAAGUGUGGAGAUCGUCCAAGAGCUGAAGGGCGAGGGCAAAGCUCAGCGGAGAAUUGGUGCAGUUCAUGUAAUGGAUGCACUAAUACUAAAUGGCACUGAUGUACGAGGUCAGCACUUUAACCAACGGAUCCAGAUGGCUGAGAAGUUUGUGAAAGCUGUGGCCAAACCAAGCAGACCAGACAUGAACCCUAUCAGAGUGAAAGAAGUUUACAGACUGGAGGAAAUUGAGAAAAUUUUUGUCAGACUCGAAAUGAAGGUAACCAAGAGCUCAGGGGGAUUCCCACGUCUGUCCUACACUGGUAGAGACGACCGCCAUUUCCUACCUACGGGCCUAUACAUCAUUAAGACUGUUAAUGAGCCGUGGACGAUGGCAUGGAGCAAGAACUCCAACAAGAAAUUUUUCUAUAACAAGAAAACAAAGGAUUCCACGUAUGACAUGCCGGCAAACGCUGCUGCCCCGUUCCACGUCUGUCACUCUGAGCGGCUCUUCUGGGCCUGGGUGGAUGGGGUGAUAGUUCACGACUCUCAGACCCGGGUGGACCCGGAGAAACUGUCCAAGGAUGACGUUUUGUCCUUCAUCCACCAGAAUCACCAGGCUUGACUCCCAGUGCUCCCAGUACCAUCUGAAGACAGAAUGCACUUACUGGCCUGGACUUUACACCGCUCAGUCACAAGCCGGCCGGUGCUUUGUGAAACCUGACAACACCUUCUACAUCCUCCAUUUUAGGUCACAAGCAGGUUGGAGCUCCGAUCUCGGGCGUGGUGACUUGUUGGGUUUGUUUUAAAUGGUUCCGUGUCUGUAGGUGCUUGCAGGACGUGACAGACAGAAGGGUUACAUGCCGAACUAUGCAUCCAGUCUUGCUCGCUUUCCUCUUUGCUAUAAUCACAGCUGCUCAUCCCGUCUCUCCUUUUGUAGGAACGUCUCAGUGGCAGCAACGAAGGCCUAAUCUGUAGCUAGCUCCUAAACACAGUCAUGUUUUACAUUUCUUACAGUGGUCUGACCUGUUACACACGUGGUAGCUUUCCUCAUUUGUACAUGAUUUAAAAAAUUUGAAGGGUGUCUGUUUAGCUUUUAAGUUGUUUCUACCCUGUCACCUCUCUGUGACUGUGCCUCAUCACCUGGACUGUUUAAUAAACGCUGUAAAUGGUAAACUUCUCCUGUAAAUUGGGUGUUUGGUUCGUUUGAUGUAAAUCACAAUGCCUUAAAUAAAUGGUAGAUAUUUACGGA